AGUCAGAGGGAGAGAGAGUGUGAGUGUGAGAAAGAGAGAUAGAGAAAGAGAGAGAAAGAGAGAGAGAGAGAGAGAGAAGAGGGGGAGAGACCAACAGUCCAGCUAGAUCAGAUUGCAAAAGAUUGAUAAAGCAAGCUGUUUAGUUAAUCGCUUUUGAGGGAGUAUUGUUCACCUUUAUUGAAUUAGGAGGAUGUUCUUCAGGAUAAGCAGAAGACCAGUGAGAGAAAUUCUCUCUGAAGAUGGACAUACCAAAACCUGAAUUUUCACUGGGAUAAUCAUGUCAAAAGCGUAGUACCUGUUUUGCACGUCCAGCACUGACUGACUGACUGACUGUCUUGGUACGAGGGUCAAGUGGGAUUCAGCCUGGACAGAAGUGCGUUUUAUCUCUGCCUGCAUCAGCGCCUGGAAAACUGAGAGGAAAAGGAUCAAGCCAGGAUGAAGAAAUUCAAAGAGGGUCUGUGCCUUCUGUUGAAGAUGAUGGAGUGGUUAUCUCCAGUGUAAGAGUAACACACUGAGGAGGGGCAGCUGUAGGGGCAGAUGCAGAGAAUGCCUCAGUUUGGUUAACCUGUACACUGGGAGACAACGAAUCCCCCUUUCAUGUCUUGAGUCUGGUGGAGGACACACAGAAAGGUAAGGGAAGACAAGAAAACUUUGUCUAUGAUUCAUGGUCUAAAUGUCACAUCAGUGUUUGUCCCACCACUGGUUAGAAGUGAUAGAAAAGUGGCACUGGCUGGCUUGUCUACUGUUGAGCUUCCCCUCAAAGCACAUUUAAAGACAUCCUGUUAAAGUCACUCAGAUAUGUAAGAAUGUCAUAGACUGAAAUAAAUUCUAAAGGUAUUUAGAAACAUUGCAUAAAAUCUGUCAAAUAUCAGAGUGAAUUAGCCGUCUUACUUUCCAGAUAAAUUAACACAUAAGAACUAAUUCUAUUGGUCCAAGAACAAGCUGUCCCCAGAAAGUGUAGCCCUGGUCAAACAGGCUAAAUCCUCAAUAGUUCCUGGGAUUACACAUGUAAACACUAUAAACACUUGAGAGUCAUUACUCUAGUAUUGUACCCACGUUUCAAACACACUCUGCUAUUGUGUGAAGUCGAAAAAGGCAAUCGAUGUGUUACUAAUUACACACUUACACCAUUAACAGCUUUACUACAGAUUUCCUGCAGAAAGAGGUACGAUACAUCGCGUUCAAAACGUGUGAAUCCUUCCCUUGCAGGAUUUAUUAUUCAGCUUUUAACAUAGAUGUUUGAAUGAUAAACAAGGCCUUGCUUUCAGGAUCAGGAUGUUAUGUUCAAAGGCAACCAGCCUCAAACAACCAACAAAUGAAAAUGUAGCUCGAAGGCAGCAAAGGUGACAUUUGAUUGUAACAAGUUUGACCAAAAGUUCACCUCUGUUGACAGCCAAUUGAUUUUAGAAUAACACGAGAUUUAUUUGAACAUAGUCUCAAUCGACAGCAGAGUUAAUUUCUCUUUAUAAUAUAUAUGCAAUUUGGAGGAAUCUUAAAAAAGGUUAAAAUGCAAACAUUAACUCUGAGGAGCUGCUUUUAUGCCUAUAAAUGUUUUUAUUUUGAUAUGCUGUGAAGCGAUUUAGACAUUAACCUUUAAACUUUUAUGGGAUUUUUCGUUUUGCUUUUUACAUUAUUUCUCGACAAAAUGUAAUCAACCUAUCAAUUAUAUCAUAAUCAACUCAUAAUGAUCAUUCGAAGAGGCGUAAACAGAAGCGUAAUUAGCAGACAGUCAAAAUCCCUUUACACCUCUCACUGUAACCUCAGCAAACAACUCGAUCAUCACUUUACUGGUUACCACUGGAGAUCUUUUUCAGCACCUUAUGUUCUGUGAGCGUUAUAACAGAUAACUAACUGUAAUCGCUUAAUAAUGCUUCGGGACAGACAUGAGCAAGUAAUGGAUAGUUGUGUUGCUUCUGGUAUCGCUCUUUUCAGUUUUUGUGUAAAAAGAUAAAAAAAAAGGAAUAGGUGAAGAGGAUGAAGACUAUGCAGCCUUGUAUGAUCAUACAAUGACAUCGUGUUGCUUUUCAUCUCAGCUUGAUUUAGUUUUGUUAUUUGAAAGAGAUGCAGUGGAGCAAACUGAAAAACACAAAUGGUACAAUAAAUCACAAAUAUGCGCUCUAAGUAAAUGUUUUUUCUAGGACCAAAUGUGCUAAAUUAAAAAUAACAAACUAAAGGUUUUGUUACCUAAUCAACAGAUGUCACUUACAAUUGGAGUUCAGUUUGAUAUUGGUGUUUCAGCCUUUGUAAAGAGAUUCAAGUAAUUAAAAAAACUGCACAAAUAAGGAUCAAAACAGCCCAUGAGGAAUGAUCAAUCAAUGGGAACCAGGUGUUUGAACAGUGGACAAGGUACAGGUGCAGCACACACAAAAAAGGAAAAAGAAAAAAACAGACACAAAAACCCCCAUACAGAUUUUGGAGAAGCAUUGAAUAACCAUCUGUUAUAUCAGUAAAAAAAAAAAGGUGACAGUGAUUUUUCCGAGCAUUUUUCAUGUUCUCUUAGCGCAACAAUCAACUUAUCUUGGAACAAGAUAUGGCCCUUAAUAUUUAGUGAACAGCCUGAAGAUUUGGAUAUGUGGUUCUAACUUGUAGUAGUAUCUGUUUCCCAUUAUCCAAUAUUUACAGCCACUGAAAUGACACAGUUUACUUAUUCUGUUACAUGUAAGAACAACAGAAAGAGCUGCGAUCCAGUCUGUGAACUAAACUGUCAAUCAGACAUGUCUGAAUAGUAAGGGGGUGUUACUCUCCAUAGGAAAAUACAAGCAGGUCACUUGAGACAGGAUGAGUUCCACAUGGUGAGCUAUAGGAAAAUACAAUGUCACCUGAGCCUCAGCUCUUCCUUCACAAUGGCCUUGGGAGGUGGGUCCAGAUCCUAGUGGUUGGGCUCAGUUUUCUCCAUGCUUGUCUUGAGAUGAAGUACCCUCUCCAGCACUACCUUGUUGUUCCUUACGGUCCCUUCCAUUAUUUUGAGCAUCUAAUUAUUCAGCUCAUUCAUCCUAAUCAGCUGUGAGCUUAUCAUCCCCCCUGGCUGCCACUCUUAACUCCCUGAGAACACACACGCGGCAGGCUAGGUCACAAAAGGUCAUACAUGACAGUAUUGAGUGUGGCACAAAUCUUUCUCCGUGUCCUGCCUAAUGAAUCAAAGAUGAUCCUCUACUAGUGAUGUACACUCAUGUCAAAGUAUUUGAACUGUGAGACAAGCUAACAAUAUAAAUAUAACAAGACACCACUAAUGGCCCUCCUCUGCACUCUUGAUAACAGUGCUUAUAGAUCAAGAUUUGCAUGUUUGUCCUCUAUGAACAGCCCCUUGAUCUUAAUUCUAAUUUAAUCAAAUAGGUGGAGUCAUCUGCAAAAUUUAAAACACAGAUGUUAAACCCACUUUCAGUUUUCGGCUUAAACCGGAAGGACUAACUCUGGACAACAAGUGUAUCUACACACUUUUAAUGGCAGCAACAAGAUUAAAAUGGUUCAUGUUUUCUAAUUAACAAACUGUCUGACUACAUAAACAACAAAAUGCCCCCUUAUUUUAAAGCUCCUGUUAGGGACUUGUUGUUAGAGUUGAUUUUGGCACCCUUUGUAUUAAAAGUGAUACUACUAGUUAGCCUAUGAUGUUCUCCACCACAUGUAUACUUUCUUGUAUCUGGUUAGGGGUUGUCCUUCACUUUACCGUAAACUGUCUCAUCUGACACCUACCUGCUUGCAGCAGUCGCAGUCAUUGGAAAUGAAAAUAUAGAAUUUGUAAAAUCUUUUUUUCUUGAUAGCCUUUGUGGGUAAAAGAGGGGGUCCUAACUUCACAACCAGUUAAAAAACUUAUGAGGCACUGCUGGCCUGGUGGUGAAGACGCUCUUCUUCCACAGAGGUUAUGUCUUAUGGUUAGUUUGAUCCAAGCCUGCUCCUUUCCCAUGUAUCGUUUCCCACUCUCUCCCCAUUUCCUACUCUUUCCACUGUCCUAUCCUCCAAAUAAAGGCAGAAAAACCUUACAUCUAUGGUCUCACAGAGGGAUGAUUUGAUUUGAACAUCCUUCUGUGUACCUAUAGGAAAGGCUUCCUGCGUGGACUGAGACUCAAAGGCACUUCUCUAAUGACUCCACAGACAGAGGGGUGGUUUUUACUUUCAUUAGACCAAUUCACUGGACACCUGACACUGUACAACUACUAUGUAAUAUGUAGAAUGAGCGCCAUGCAUGCCUGCCUGGGUCAUGUGAGUGCUGUAGGAACCAAGAUGAUUGUAUAGUGGGAAAUGUUGAGAUGACACUCUGGCUCAAGAUUCAUCUCAAUUAUGUAACACAGUUGACGUAGUUAUAAAGUUGUACAGCCAAGUCUGUGUGCAGCUACACAGAUAGACCACAUCGCAUGAAUAGGGCUUUUUUGUCAUCAUAAACGAAAUACAAAAAGAAAGAGCCAAAUGUAUUCUAGUUGACUUUUCUUCAAAAGUCUUUUAAAGGAGAGACAGGCUCACUUUUUUCAGUCUUAACAGCUGAACUUUUUAUCACUGUUAGCUGAGAUUUAGAAAACAUCAUGUGGCCCAAGCAAAACAAACAAGAUACACUAGUAAAUACAAAAAUCACUGAAUUUGUGAAUAAAUUGUGAUUCAAGUGUGUAAUGCUCUGGAAUUGAAUGAAACUGAAAUGUAAUUUUCAGAAUCAGCAGGUUAUGAAUGGUUUUGUUGAGGAGACUUCUUGGAGGACUAAACCCAGACAGGCCCAGAGAUUUGCAAUGAGACAAUCUAUUUACAUGCUGUAUGAUGAAGUUGUGGGGCUGUAAACUUCUGAGCUGCUACAUUUAGGGUGUCACCUAAGUUACAAGUGGCUUGUAGAACCUGAGGCACCUAACAACCACCAUGCAUGUGAGCUACAGCCUGUCAGCUUGUCAAAACUGCAAUGUUGUUGAUUUUCUCAUUGAAUUCUUGAAAUCUUGUUCACUCACACCUAUAACUUUUUUUUUUUUUACAAAUGAAAAGAUGUGCUACAACAUAGAGAAAUAAAAUUCAAAAACACAGAGUGUGGGAUAACGUCAAUUGAUGUACAAAGGCCCCAUGAAUGUGGUAUUCAGGCUCAGUUUCAGGAGAACUUGCACCUGUAAGCCUGUGUGCAAGGACAGUAUUGGCGUGUCGGUGAAGUGCAGACAGCUGGGCAUGCAGGAUUUGGGGGGCCCCCAUGAGGGAACUGUCAAAUCCUUAGGGUCCAAAUCAGACAGUCAGACACAGAAUGGAUGUGUCCAGGCGAUACAAGGUGACUGCAGUGCAUCCAGAGGGAACUCAGCUUAGUUCCCGUGCGUAAGGCUCUUUGACCACGAGGCUGAACAUCCAGUGAAGUGCCCAAGCUAUCUGCUGCCUGACCGGGGACAUAAUCCGACAACUAUUUUGUUAUAUUUCACAAAAAAUUACAUUUAAUUUAUGGGGUUUAUUCUUUCAUGAGACUUACCUCUAUACAAACUGUACAGAAGAGGUCAGACACAUAGAACCCUUCUCUCUCCAUCUUUGACAACAGCAUCUGUAGUUCAGGCACACUUCCCCAAUGACCAUUGUUGGUAUGUCCCUGUUGUGGUGAUAUGACAACAGUUAACAGAACAGACAGAGGAAACACAGCUUGUCUGUUUUAAGUGUGAUCUGCAGAUCAUAUUGUGGGACAACUCUAAAUACUCUCAAAAUGUGCUGAAAGCUAACAUGUGUCAGCUAUCACAGAAACACUCGAAUAUUUUCAUAACACCUACCAAAUUAUGAGUUGUGACUCAAUGUGAUCACAUGAUAAUAAAUAACUAGUUGGUGAUGAGUAACGCUAUCUCCAUAGUCAAUCUCCUUUUUAAAUUUGAAAGGGAAGAGCAUGAGAUGUAAUGUGACAGAUGUGGCUCUGUAGCGAGGUUAGCUCUUCUGUUACCCAGCAGACAUCAUAAGACACGAGGACCCUUCAGUGAAGGCCAGUUGAAUUAGAGUCGUGAUAAUCAACAAGCAAAGCAAGAUGCCAAGCACAGAGUGUGAAGUUAAUGAAGAGAAAAACAUUCUGGUUAGUUGUCUGACAGAAGUACAAACACUUGGAGAACAUAAAGACAUUCCUUCUUUAUAAACCCUAAUGCUGAUGCGCCCCUUAAUGCUGGACAAACUGUUAUGAUUUCUAUAGGUCCCUGUUAAAAUCAUUUUUAAUUACCGGACAAACCCAGAAGGAAGCAGAUUUCAGAAAUGACUGUGCCUUAAUAAAAACAGUAAAAAAAUAUCUCACCUCUGAUAGAAAAGCCAGCAUAUAAAUAUAGUUAUCUAAUCUAUUGACACACUCUUGGAAAUAGAUGUCACACGCCAUACAUAAAAAAACCAGCAUCAGGUGAAUAAAUGAAGCAACAUUUUGAUUAUCUAACUAGAUAACAGAUUGUUACUCUGAGCAAGUGAAAAAAAUACUGUAUGUGCUAAUGUUGAGUUGGUCAUUUGCUCUCCAACACAGACAGCUCAUCCAGUGCUCUGUUCUAUUAAUACCAGUGGUCUUCUUUUAAGGCCAGCAGCAAAACUACUAUUUGAGUGUUUCUUAUGUAAGUAUUUUUUUUUUGCCAGAGCUUUUAUAGUUGGUUAUCUGGUGUUGUUUCAUACACAGGUAUGAUAUGAUUUAACCAUUAUGUCACCGAAGAGGCUCAUAUUAUUCUCCCCUGACACUUUCUACAGGGACUGGAUUGAAGAACGAGGCUCCCACCCAGCUCCCUGCCUAUGACUCACGAAAAUGCAGCUUAGCCAGUGAUCAAGCAGUGAGGGGCCUUGAUCACACACUGAGACACUAGGCCGGCCCUUCUGCCCUGACCCUGCAGCUGGAGGCGCCGCUGGGAACAUGAGUGUUGGAAGGAUCAACCGCUACAGCAUUGUGUCAUCAGAGGAAGAGGCCCUCCGCCUCACUACCAUGCAUGGCAUGAAUGGCUUUGGCAAUGGCAAGAUACACACACGGCGCAAGUGCCGCAAUCGCUUCGUCAAAAAGAAUGGCCAGUGCAAUGUGCAGUUUGCCAACAUGGAUGAGAAGUCACAGCGCUACAUGGCGGACAUCUUCACCACAUGUGUUGACAUUCGCUGGCGAUGGAUGCUGGUAGUCUUCACCCUUGUGUUUGUUGUCUCAUGGCUUGCCUUCGGUUUGGCCUUUUGGGUCAUUGCUUUGCUGCAUGGAGAUUUGGAUAACCCAGCUGGAGAUGACAACUUUACUCCAUGUGUCCUACAAGUCAAUGGAUUUGUGGCUGCCUUUCUAUUCUCCAUUGAAACACAGUCAACCAUUGGUUACGGCUACCGCUGUGUGACUGAAGAGUGUCCAGUGGCUGUCUUCAUGGUGGUCUUUCAGUCUAUAGUGGGCUGCAUCAUUGACUGCUUCAUGAUCGGGGCCAUCAUGGCCAAGAUGGCAAGGCCUAAGAAGCGAGCACAAACACUGUUGUUUAGCCACAAUGCAGUCAUUGCCAUGCGGGACGGAAAGCUGUGUCUCAUGUGGAGGGUAGGGAACCUACGCAAGAGCCACAUUGUUGAGGCUCAUGUCAGGGCCCAGCUCAUUAAACCUCGGAUCACAGAUGAAGGGGAAUAUAUUCCUCUCGACCAAAUAGACAUAAAUGUUGGUUUUGAUAAAGGCCUGGACAGGAUUUUCUUGGUUUCCCCCAUCACUAUUCUUCAUGAGAUAGAUGAAGAAAGCCCCCUGUUUGGGAUUGGCAAACAGGACUUGGAAACAGCAGACUUUGAGAUUGUUGUCAUCUUGGAGGGAAUGGUAGAAGCAACUGCCAUGACCACACAGGCUCGCAGCUCUUAUUUGGCCUCCGAGAUCCUUUGGGGACACCGUUUUGAGCCAGUUUUGUUUGAGGAGAAGAACGUGUACAAAGUGGAUUAUUCUCACUUUCACAAAACCUAUGAGGUGCCGUCCACCCCUCGCUGCAGUGCCAAGGACAUGGUGGAAAACAAGUUCUUAGUUCCCAGCUCCAACUCUUUCUGCUAUGAAAAUGAACUUGCUUUCCUAAACCGUGAAGAAGAGGAGGGGGAUGUAGGUAGUGGAGGCAGGGCACUAGCGAACCUAAGCCCAGAUCGGAACAGCCGGCAUGAGUUUGAACGUCUACAGGCCACAAGAUCCCUGGAUCAAAGGUCCUAUCGUAGAGAAUCAGAAAUAUGACAUCUAUCCAUUGACCCAUGGUCAUUUAAAAAACUUUAACCAAGGGUAAAAAUGCAGAACAAUGCAAAGUGCCAUAGAAAAAGCUGACAACAAAGACAGAUUGGAAAAGUAACACAGCAUUAUUAACAUAAUGCAUUAACUGCAAGGAAUGGGACACAGUGCACAGCUUACAGAAAUGUGGUACAGAAUGUCUUCAAUCAAGGAAAAGGCUAGAGAAAGACCUUCUUCCUUAAUGGAAACUUGAAUCUUUUUUCACAUGGUUGUUUUAAGAUGUGAGUGUCCAGCAAAAGUGCAUUCAAAAAAAAAUUCUGAUGAUUGAAACUUCAAGUCUUAGGUGUAAAUACAUUGCUUGGUUAAGUUAUGGUAAGUUAUAUUUUGUGUGCAGUAUCACUUUUUAAAAACACCUCUGAAAAACAGAAUUUGUCAUUUUAACUUGUUCUUGGGCACGAAUAAUAGUGUUACAAGCCUUCCCUUUAGCUCUCCUUGCAUUGCUGUAAUUUGCUGGACAGGCGUUCAGUGACACGGUGAAAUUUGUGCACUGCAGCAUUCAGAUGCAAUGAGCCAUGACAAAACAUCUAAUCAUGAGCCACUGAGAACAAAAUUCGACCCUUUAUUUUCAAACGGGUGUAAAGCCCAGCAACUAAUUAUGUAGUAAGAGCAGGCAAAUGUAUUGCACUAUAAGCGCACAAGACAGUUUUUUUUCUUUAGUGACAAAUUUGUGUUAACACCCAUAAUCCUCCUUUAAUGCCUAAUAUUUACCCUUACAUUACACACACCCAUCAAGCCACCAAUGUAAUUAUUUACCUUCACUUUACUGACAAAUAAUCCAUGAGCAAAUAGUUAAGUUGUUUGGUAGAAAACUACAGCGUAAUUCUUGGUUGACAACAUUCACAAAAUAUUGUUUUGCAAGAUACUGAUGGCAAUAACCAGGUUUUUCUGUAUCACAUCAAGAAAUGCACAUUUUAGAGUACAUUUACUUUUGAAUAACUCAAAAUAUUUCCCAUCAAAUUAAGGCUAGAACUUGUAUGUUGACAGUCAAUAACAAGUUUUUUUCCACUCUGUAUGGAAAUUAGGAUUGUAACAUAGUGACAUAACAUAACCAUAUACAAAGGAUGUUGGUCCUCUUUGAUGACAAAAAAUCUAUGCAUAUUUUGAACCCAAACAGUGGACAGAAAAUCUGUUGAGUACAGUGGGAGACGAAAAAGUGUAAAGCAUUGCUUUUAUCUGUACCUGACACUUACAAAAAAUAAUUAAUAUUGAAAGAAUACAUUAUCUUAAUUCCAUAUUAAUUUCUUCUGACAAGAGUUUAAUUAUUUAAGACAAAAGCAGACUUCAUCUUUAAUUAUAGACAAUGAGAAUGCAAAAAUGAGAAAAAUCCUUCAUGUUUUUCUUUGACUGUAUAACAUUCAUAUGGUCAAGAUGAAGUCCAAAGGCA